GAAAUAAUUAAAUAAAUUCUUACCAACAAGCACAUUGUUACUUGCACUAUCCAUAACAACUUGAACAACAUUUGCUUCUCCUACACACUCCACAAAUCGAUCAAGCAACUGAAAUAUUUUCUCUCCAGUCUUUGCAUAAUCAGAAGCAUCAACCGAUUCGAUAAAAAUUGAACCUUUAAGAUAAUUCACUAAAAAAUUAAUCAAUGUCCUUUGUCUGUCCACCCAUCUGCCAUCAAACUACAACCAUACUUGGCCCAUUCUGUUUCACACGACUUAAUGUAAUCAUUUGUCACAGAAUCAACAGUCUUUUUUAAAAACGAAACCCGCACCUCAUGAUAACUAGGUCCUUUUAGAUCUAUAUCAUAUUGGUGAACCAAGUCCAACAUUCUUUUGAAGCUUGAAUAGUUAACGACAUUAAAAGGAAUUGCCGCAUCAUACAUCUACUCAGUUAUGGCCAUACAAGCUUUCUCCCUCAAUUCUUUCUUGUAUGCCUCAUUUAUCGUAGUUUACCUUUCUUUACCCUUUCUAUUUUCAACAUUUUUUUGCACAUUAGGAGCAAAAUACGUAUCCAUUGGACCUAUUUGUCUUGGCUUUUUUUUUUUUUUUUGCAUAUUCACUGAUCUAGAACUUGUACUUAUAGGCGGCACAGCUUUAACUCCAAUAUCAUCCAUAUCAAUAUCAUCACCAAGAGGGUUUACAUCCUCAAAGUCCAAUGUUGCAAGUUUAGAAAGAUUACUUUUCUUCGUCUUUUUCUCCAUGAAAAUUUUAAUUUCUUCACGUACAUGAGGCGGACAUUUUUUGCAAGUCGUAGUAUUUCGAAACCCCCAACAAGAUGUUGUUUUGCACGAUAGAUAUCUCCUUUUGUAACUUUUUGACAAAAGUUACAAAUCAAAUCAUUUUUGUUAUCCGGAUUAACUCUUUGAAAAUAAUUUCAUCCCGGAUCUUUUGAUAUAUAUGUUGGAGUAUCACUACUACCUUCCAUGAUAAUUGAAUAAGAAAAUAGUCUGAAAAAUCAAAAACAAAAUAAAAAAGCACUUUAAUGGAAAAGUACUGUACCAGCAAAAGAAAAGCACUGUACCAUACUCUUAUAAGUAUAAAAGCAAAUCAUUAGUCCGAAACCUUCUAGCCUAAAUGCACUAUCAAAUAUUAAACACAUUGAUUAAGGCCAAUUAAAAGGGGAACUAACAUGAUUGACCUUGAAUUUAGUGUGCACAAUGGAAUAAUGCAAUCGAUUAUCUAUGUCACCCAUGUUCAAGUUCAACUAUCUGAUAUUAAUCUUGCUAUCAAGUGCAUUGUAUUCUGAAGUGAGACUUGAUGACAAAGGGGAUAUAGAUCUAGUUAUCAGUCAGAUGACUCAGAUCAUAUUAUAAAGUGAGAAAUAAGGUUAAAGGUACAACUAUGGAUCUAUCUAUCGAAUACAUCAAAUCAUAUGAUGAAGUGGGAAUAUAAGGCUAAUGAGAUAGAGGUGUCAGAACACUAAACACGGGAUAAAAUUUGGCAAAAUCGAAUAUUGGUACCAGCAUUCAGCAAUAGAAAAGUAGAAAAAAAAGGAAAAUAGAAAAAUAAUAUGAAAAAACACGACAAAGAAAAAGAAAAACUGGAUAGCAGCCAGCAAAACCGAACAAUAGCCAGCGAAACAGGAAGCAACACAAUCUGCAAAAUGGAAAAAAAACAAACAAACAAACCGGACAGUAGCACGAACACGAACCAACAACUCAACAAAAAACAAAGAAAAAGAUGAAGAAAAGAAGAUACCAGAAUAAAGAGAAGAAAAGAAGAAGAUGAAGAAACGAAGAAAAAUUGAAUAGUGAAAACGAAGAAGAGAAAAAGAAGAAGAAAAGCAAUAACAGAAGAAGAGAAGAAGAAGCUUUCUUCGUGAAGAAUAGAAAAACAAAAAAAACGAAAGAAAAAACUUAUACUUGACACGCGACUCAGCGACGACGACGGCGGCGGCGGAAGGAAAUACCUGGGCGACGGCGAUGGCGCGACUCUUCUUCAAAUUCAGGAAACAUGUGGUAGAGAAGCAUGCUUUAUCAUUAGCAAUCAUCCAUCAUCAGAAUCCAAGGAACAACUGGUGUUGAACUUUCAGCUGGUCUUCAUUGGUACUUAAAGCACUGGUGUUGGGCUCACAUAUCCUGGGAGAAGUCUGGGGGUCUACAAUUGUUAUCUGUGCCAAAAGCAGAAUCCCUUCCUCGUGUACCUCCAUCUGGUGUCUUUGUACAAAGGCCUGUUCCAUGGAGUUACUAUCAGAAUGCUGUUACGUCGAGUUAUUCAUAUGCAUGGUGGGGCUGGGAAAGAUGGGAGAAAGAAAUUGACUGGAUGGCUCUCCAAGGCAUCAACUUACCACUUGCUUUCAAUGGGCAGGAAGCUAUUUGGAAGAAAGUUUUUGAGAGGUAUAAUAUCAGCCACUCAGAUCUAGAUGAUUUUUUUGGAGGACCUGCCUUUCUUGCAUGGUCACGUAUGGGAAAUUUGCAUGGAUGGGGUGGACCCUUGCCUCAAACUUGGCUUGAUGAUCAACUAGUUCUUCAAAAGAAAAUACUUGCUAGAAUGUACUCAUUUGGGAUGUCUCCAGUUCUUCCUGCAUUUUCUGGAAAUGUUCCUCCUGUAUUGAAAGCCAAAUUUCCUUCAGCUAAAAUUAGUCAGCUUGGAAACUGGUUUACAGUUCAUAGUGAUCUAAGGUGGUGUUGCACAUAUCUUUUAGAUGCAACAGAUCCUUUGUUUGUAGAAAUUGGAAAAGCAUUUGUUGAACAACAACUUAAAGAAUAUGGAAGAACUAGUCACAUAUACAAUUGUGAUACAUUUGAUGAGAAUACUCCUCCUCUGGAUGAUCCAAACUAUAUUUCUUCAUUGGGUUCAGCAAUAUAUAAAGGAAUGCAAAGUGGUGAUGAUAAUGCUGUAUGGCUCAUGCAGGGCUGGUUAUUCUCCUAUGAUCCAUUUUGGAAGCCCCCUCAGAUGAAGGCUCUCCUUCAUUCAGUUCCAAUUGGUCACAUGGUAGUUCUUGAUCUGUUUGCUGAAGUAAAACCAAUAUGGUUCACCUCAGAGCAAUUUUAUGGCGUUCCCUAUAUCUGGUGUAUGCUACAUAAUUUUGCUGGAAACAUUGAGAUGUAUGGUAUUCUGGAUUCCAUUGCACUGGGACCUAUUGAAGCUCAAAUAAGCAAAAAUUCAACCAUGGUUGGUGUUGGAAUGUCGAUGGAAGGCAUUGAGCAAAAUCCUAUUGUUUACGAUCUUAUGUCUGAAAUGGCAUUUCAUCACAAGCCAGUAAAUGUGAAGGUGUGGGUUGACCAAUAUGCAUCAAGGAGAUAUGGAAAAAAUGUUUCAGGUCUACAAGAGGCUUGGCAGAUAUUGUAUCAUACUCUCUAUAAUUGCACUGAUGGUGCUUAUGACAAAAACAGAGAUGUUAUUGUUGCAUUUCCAGAUGUUGAUCCAUCAGUCAUCUUAAUACCGGAGUUAUCAGGAAGAAAGUAUUUUAGAGGACACAUAUUAAAAAGGAGACAAAUGAAGGAAACAACUGACUCUUAUGAGCAUCCACAUUUAUGGUAUUCAGUGUCUGAUGUCAUAAACGCAUUAGUUCUUUUUUUAGAAAAUGGAGAUGAAGUAGCGGAUUCCCGCACUUUCAGGUACGAUCUUGUGGACCUUACCCGCCAGGCACUAGCAAAAUAUGCAAACAAACUAUUCUUGAAGGUCAUUGAAGGGUAUCAUCUAAGCAAUCUCUCACAAGUAACUUCCUGUGCUCACCACUUCCUUGAUCUUGUCAAAGACUUGGACACUCUUUUGUCCAGUCAUGAUGGAUUUCUGCUUGGUCCCUGGUUGGAAAGUGCUAAGAACCUAGCAAGAGAUCCAGAACAGGAGAAACAGUUUGAAUGGAAUGCAAGAACUCAGUUAACAAUGUGGUUUGAUAAUACAGACACCGAAGCUAGUCUGCUUCGAGAUUAUGGAAAUAAGUACUGGAGUGGUCUUCUGCAAGACUACUACAGACCACGGGCAGCUUUAUAUUUUAAGCACAUGAUCGAUAGCUUGGUGAAAGGUGAGAGCUUUCCACUGGAAGACUGGAGAAGGGAUUGGAUAUCUCUUACCAAUAAAUGGCAGGAAAGUAGAAACCUGUUCAUAGUAAAAGCUCAUGGAGAUGCUCUAAACAUCUCGCGCUGGUUAUAUGACAAAUAUUUAAGAGAAGACCACUCACAAUCACUUUAUAAGCUCAGAGAAAACCACAACGAUCAGCUUUAAUUUUGAAUUAUGAAUCUUCUGCCCAGAUGAUAGUUUGCUUUACAACUGUUAGUUAGUUCAUCAUAAAAGAAUUCAUGGUCAUUAAUUUAGCUUUUCAUUUGAAAUAAAAACUUCCAAAUGGCUUUGUCAA